GGGGUAGGGGUUCUGACCCCCAGGGCAGUGCCAAACUUGGUAUAUAGUGUUUAUGUGUAAAACACUUAAAUAACAUCUUCUUUAGUGCUAUUGAUACUAAAUUGAAACUAAAUAGAUAUUUAGAAAGAAUAGGUAGUUUUUUCUACCAAAAUUGUAAAAUUGAUGAUCACAGGGGUAGGGGUUUUGGUAUCAGGGUGGGGUCAAACUGGUCAGUUAUUAAAUUAGCAAUAGACAUUUUUAACUUAUUCAUAGCUAUCAUUCCAAUUCUUUUCAAAUUUGGUAUGAAUCAUUCGUGGAACAAGGGGGACAUAGAUUGUUAAUUUCAGGAUUCCUGCACCCCAGAGCCUUAGGGGCGGGGCAAAAACUGCCCAAAAAUGACCAAUUUCAAAAAUCUUAUGUAGAAGCGCACGUUGAAGAAAAACUAAAUGCAUAGUAUGAAGAGCAGGAAGGACUACCAAAAUUAAAUAAAAUAAAUAAAUGUUUAUUCUGUAGAUACAUACAUACAUGAAUACCAAGGAUAACCCAUGAAAGCUCGAAAGCUGAUUUCCAAUGGGGUCCUUUGAUCCACGGAUGUGUGCGCUAGGGGGUCAUUUAUGUGGGAGGAAACCGGAGUGUGUCCGAGCGGGCGACCAUCAUACCUUCUCGCACACAACUACUGCCGAUCACGGGAAUCGAACUCGGGUCGCACCGGUCUGCUCGCCUUGUCCGUGCUCAUUCUCUUCCCAAUCUGUUGUGGUUCCAUGAAAGAAAGCGAAAGUUGUGCGGGGAAGGCCAAAUAUGACAUCAAGAAAAACGCAAGAUUUUUACUGUAUGACGUGAACCCUGGGGAGGGGUUUAACCUGCGAAGGGAUGUGUACAUGAGGGUGGCAAAUCUUGUGUACCUUCUGAAUCGGGAGAGACCCUGGGUCCUCGUUCUUCCACCCUGGGUCCGCAUGUGGCACUGGAGGUCACGUGAUGUAGAACAAGAACGACUGAAAUGGUCUGCUUUCUUUGAUGUGGAGAGUCUCGGAAAACAUGUCCCGGUGAUAGAACUCGAGGAUUAUAUCAAAAGACAAGAUGCUUCUGCAAUAGACGAAGUGUACUAUCUUCAGGGAGUGGACUCAAUAGAUGACUGGAAUACAAUUAAAAUUGACAAAUGCGAGAGGGAUACCAGUUUCCGACAGGAUUCAACAGGAAAAUGGCGACACUUGUAUUUUGACUUUGAUGAGCUUUACGCAGACAAAUUUCAAUGUUUGGCAUUUUUCGGGCAACUUGAACUAAUGAAAUCAUUCCUCAAUGAAAAUACAACAGGAAGGUUUGUCUUCUUACCACGAGCAGAAAAUCUACUACAUGGGGAUUUUGGCGAACACAGCGAUUUAUUCUGGAAGGCACGGAGAAGUAUGGUGUACGCCAAACCUUUACGCGAUGUUGGCGAUCUGUUUCGUAAGACUCACCUUGAUUCCGAUGACGAGAGGGACAGCACAUUUCUGAAAGACUGGACAACAGUCAAGAAAGAGUCCAGGAAGGCUAUAGGUGGUCCGUACAUAGCCGUCCACUUAAGACGAGGGGACCAUCUUCACGUGAGGGGUGGGGAGUUACCAUCAAUGAAAGAGGCUGCCAAAUACGUGAAAAAACUGCUUCAGAAGCUGGCUUUAGAGAAAGUGUUUGUGGCAACAGACGGGACCAAGAAAGGUAUUUCAUUGGUAGUUCUGCAUCUACGGUCUCUUUUCGAAUACGGGAAGACAGAGAAAUCCUGGGAUUCAGACCAUCUACUACAUUUGAUAGAUUUUGUGGUGACAAAGAAAAUGACUGUGAACAACCGGCACACUGGACCAUUGUCUAUUAGAGGGUGAAAGUGAGGCUCCUUGACUAACCCUCUUGUCAUCAAUCUCUAAAGGAAAGGAUCGGCAUGUUUUUGGAAAAUCGUUAUUUGUGUCGCGUAUAACAAUGCCCCGCCAUGUUUGACACGAUUUUACAGCAAAAGACUAUUAUGUCCUUGUAAUGUGUACAAGAGAAAAUUUAAGAUCGAUACAAGGCAUCCAGCGAGAUAUUCAUCAUAUUCUUUAUCAAAACUUUCCCCUUUUAUAGAAGUGAAGGAGUGCAGUGAAUAAGUGGUAUCCUAAACUGUAAAAUGAAAACAAAUGCGUGACUUAAGGGAAUAUUGUGCACGAGAUCAGAAAUCUGUAUAGUACGGACGAAUAAACAUGUUUCUUACAACAGAAUCUAGCCACAUGAACUCAUCUUUUUGAUGGAAAUUAAGGAUGGCAGGCAUACAAUACCACAAAUUAGACAAUUUGGAUGAAUGACUGCAGUAUGAUUCUGAUUCAUAGAAAAAUUAAAUUAAUGCUGUUAUAUUGCCAAAUUCUACAGACAUCAGGCAUCUCCAUAACACCAUGUGCCCGGUCUGACGGGACCGAUUGAUGUUUUCCUGUAGAAUUAGUUGUCAUUUAUGUUCUAACGAAUUACAUUUGCUGACUGUGAUCGAGCUCGGAAUUAUAAUGGUCACGGAACGAGGCGGAUAUUGGUGUUGUACAUAAGGUCUACGACAUCCACGUGGCUCUCUUACAGAUAAAAUAACUCUGGGUCUACUAUUGCAACAUUUGGAAUGGAUUUUUUUGUCUGGUUUGGAUUAGUCUGUGAUUGUGUCAAUGUCUAUUUUAGGCAAUAAAACACUGGUAUAUAUAUUUAAUGCCGAUUAUGGCGAGGUCCCUCCAAAUCCUCCCUACCCCCAGGAGCGGAUCCAGGAAUUGCAGUUACGGGGGGCGCCACUUUAUGAGGCAGGGGGUCUGGGGGCAAAGCCCUGGUGGGGACCUAGGGAGCCAAGCCCCCGGAAGCUCCUGGAUUUUACAGAUUUUAUAGGGCUUGAAAUAAUCUCCUACUUAGUCUUUUGUACUAUUUUCUAUCAUUUUUAUGAGAUGAAAUUAAUAAAAUGACACAAAUUUUAAGGAUUUUGAAAAAAAUUAAGUUCUCCCAAUAAAGUAUUUCAAGAAAUCAAUAGAUUGUGUCAUUUAUUUCUCCAGUAGUGGAAGAAAUUAUUGCUUCUUAUAUCGUUUAGUACAUUUUUCUAAGCAAGAUACCACGAUUUACCUAAGUUUGAAAAUUUUAGGGGCGCCCCCUUUAAAUCCGCCACUGACCCCAAAUGACUUUUAGCCAUAUCUUAUGUUGAUUCAAUUGAUUCUUAAACAUUUGGAUGUCGACGUAAUCUAUAGUGAUAAUAAAAGUGAUUUUCUC